AUGGCUACAGGUAUCGAUAUUCUCUGUCAUAAGCUCGAAGCUAUGCUGGACAACCGCCGUCAGGAAGGUCGACUUAUUGAACCCCCCUCCGCGGCUACUCUGAAGGGGAUGACAGACUUCAGCUCGAACGACAGCCUCUCUUUAUCAUCCUCAGGUGCUUUGUCUGCAGCCUUCUUGCGAGAGCUUGAAAGGCACCCUGACUUCACUGUUGGGAGCACUUCUUCACGCAUCCUGGAUGGUACAAAGCAGUACCUAGAAGACAUUGAGCGCGACUUAGCUCGGUUCCACGGCGCUGAGUCAGCCAUGUUCUUUGGCUCGGGUUAUGAAGCCAACGUAGCCAUUUGGGCAACCAUCCCGCAGCGCGGAGACUUCAUCGUUUAUGAUGAGUACAUACACGCAAGCAUUCAUGAUGGCAUGAGGCGUGGGCGAGCAACGACCGCCUCAUUCCGGCAUAAUGAUUGUGUGUCACUCCGGGACUGUCUGAGAGACAUCCAGAAAACGAACGCUGCCAUUUCUGAAGGGAAAUGUGUGGUUUUUAUAUCAAUGGAGUCUUUUUACAGCGUUGAUGGCGACAUGGCUCCAGUUAUUGAGAUAGCCAAAGUUGCCCAUGAUGCUCUUCCGCAUGGCAAUUAUAUUCUCGCAAUCGACGAGGCCCACUCCAACGGAGUCGUGGGACCGAAUGGCUCGGGAGUCAUUUGCCAUUAUGGGCUGGAGGAUGAAUUUGCCAUCCGGCUGCAGACUUGCGGUAAAGGGCUGGGAUCCACAGGCGCGGUAGUAUUGGCCAGCGAGACAAUCAAGUUUGCACUCCUCAACUACGCCCGGAGUGUCAUUUUCAGCACGGCUCCAAGCUUUCUUACCGUGUCAGCCGUUAAGGCUGGCUAUAGUUUGCUCGCCAGUCUGGAAGGCGAAAGGCGCCGAUGUCAACUGCAGGAAAAUUUGCGGUACUUCUACCAGACUUUGACGAUGAGCCCCUGGUGGGACUAUGGAAAGAAAGAGGGUAUCUUCAGUCUUCCGACCGAAAGAACCUGGCGAUCUGAGCCCUUCCUAGCUCCCAUAGUUGCACUUGUGGUGCGGCCAGGAAUGGCGAGGAAAUUGGCGCAGUUUCUACACCAGGCCAAGUAUUGGGUGAAUCCCGUGAAUUUUCCCCUGGUAGCCAAAGACAAAAAUCGGAUUCGGAUUGUCAUCCACGCCGACAAUACCAAGAGCCAGAUGGAAAGCGUUGUGUGCUUGGUCAUGGAGUGGGCCCGGGGGCAAAUGAACCCCGUUGAUGAGCGUACCAACCCUGAGAGACUUUAA